GCUGUUCAAACAGCAGGCUGUGGCUCCGCUCUGAUAUCAACAAAUAUUUUCGGCACACAACUACUUAAAAUUCCGGCAAACUUUUAAAAUGGCUGCAAAUCAGGACUCGUCGGUGUCCUCGCGCAUCACUCUAUUCAACCAGCAGGCCGAAGACCACCAGAACUGGAUGAUGAUUAACCCAUUCGCCCACUACAAUGUGAGUGAGAUGCCCAAGAGGAGUUUUCCGCUGGAGGAAUACGGCCGGGCUCCGGCGGGAAGUCUCUCCGAGCAGCGAUCCCUGGAGGCCAAUGUGCGGGUCUUGGAGGAGAUCCUGCAGCUGUGCGGUAUGCUUGAGAAAUCCGGACACGAUGAUCCCGAGAAUGGUCUUAAGAUACUAGCUUUCGGUCCCCUUUUUAAUCUGUAUAACGACAUAUCCGACAAACUGCUGGCCACUUUGUUGUGCGCCAGGAGGCAUGGAUUCGUAGACUUUAGCGGGGAAACCCUUUUCCAAGGACGCGAUGAUUCAGUUCCCGUGCGCCUGCUCCGCCCCUUCGAGGAACUCCAAGCCGAAAUCCUGUCCAAGGUCGCGGAUCUGCGGUGCGUUUUCACCGAAAAACCCGAGGAACCGGCUGUUCUGCGCCAGGAUUAGCUUAUCUUUUCUGCCUAAAAAUUGAAAAAAAAACUGUCACCUGACCCGUGUCAAAAGCCGCACAUGUGCACCUCCAAGCCCUUUCGCAGUUAAUUGAAUUAGAUUCUGCCUGGCCAAACGGCUUUUAGCCAACACGGCGAACAACCAAGCCGAAUAACCACCAAUCCCGUCACGUAUACGGCAGGAGGGCCCACACCACUUGUGCGAUUGUAUCACCUCCAGGAAAUAAACAAAUUAUAGCAGA